AUGCCGUCCAAGAAUAGUAACGAAUCGGAGGGCAGUGAAACUGCUGAAGAUGAAUUUCAAGUGGAGAAAAUUUUAAAGGUGCGCAUUCGAGGUGGAAAAAAGGAGUACUUUUUGAAGUGGAAAGGCUAUCCUGAUGAGGAAAACACGUGGGAGCCCGAGGAAAAUCUGGAUUGCCCGGAUCUCAUCAAAGUACGCAUCGAACAUGAUCUUACACGAGCCCGCGAAAAAGCGGUUGCGGCCAGCCCCGCUCGAUCUUCCUCAAGCACUGAGACGAGUCGAGUGCGCGCUCGCUCUAAGGGCUCAACACCUCAAGGCGCAUCUCCAAAACAUUCACAGUCCGAUGAUAUCUCCGAACCACCUAAGAAAAAACGGCACUCAAUGGCCCCCAGCGACAAUGGAGAUGCCGGAGCAGAGAGUAUCACCGAGGAGCCGAAGGCAACUGAAGAAGAACCAAAGGUGAGUUUUAUAUCCUAUCCAGGUGUCUUUUGCAGCACUCGCUAG